UCCAAGCCGAAAGCAUGACACCACAUACAAAUUCCGCACCACCGUCUGUAAGCUCACAGUAGAUUCCAGAACACCAGUGUUCACUCCAUUCGCUCCGCUUUAUUCUCUUCCUCAUCAAAACCCUAGCUCCUCCGAUACACAAUCUCCCUGAAACGCUUAGCCAUGGAUAUUGAAGAGGAAAUCCGGUCGCUGCAGCUGGAUUCAGCAGAAGAUAAUGGGGAUGUAAAUCUGGAAGCUGGAAAUCUGGAUGUCGAGAAUUCUGAUGAUAAGAUGGAGGAAGUUGAUGAUAAGAUGGAGGAAGGUGAUGAUAAUAUGGAGGAAGGUUCCAGGGAUGCCAUUGAGCCAGUGCAAAAAGUGAAGGAGAAGAUAGACGAACAUGACGAGGUGGAAGUGAAUAAGAAGAGGCACUUGAAUGUUGUUUUUAUUGGCCAUGUGGAUGCUGGAAAGUCAACAACAGGAGGUCAAAUCCUUUUCCUUAGUGGUCAGGUUGAUGAUCGUACAAUUCAAAAAUAUGAAAAAGAAGCGAAAGACAAAAGUAGGGAGAGCUGGUAUAUGGCAUUUAUCAUGGAUACCAAUGAAGAAGAGAGGGCUAAGGGUAAAACUAUUGAAGUUGGACGAGCACAUUUUGAAACUGAGACAACUCGAUUUACGAUCUUGGAUGCACCAGGUCACAAAAGUUAUGUACCAAAUAUGAUCAGUGGUGCAUCUCAGGCUGAUAUAGGAGUACUGGUAAUAUCUGCCCGGAAAGGAGAAUUUGAAACAGGGUAUGAAAGAGGUGGACAGACCCGUGAACAUGUUCAGCUUGCAAAAACUUUGGGAGUGUCUAAACUGCUUGUUGUUGUGAAUAAAAUGGAUGAUCUUACUGUGAACUGGUCAAAAGAAAGGUAUGAUGAAAUUGAGUCGAAGAUGGUACCAUUCCUUAAGACAUCAGGCUACAACGUGAAGAAAGAUGUGCAGUUCAUACCAAUAUCUGGUCUUCUUGGUACAAACAUGAAAACUAGGUUGAGUAAAGAAACUUGUUCAUGGUGGGAUGGCCCCUGCCUUUUUGAAGCCCUUGAUUCUAUUGAAGUUCCUCUACGAGACCCUAAAGGUCCAUUCAGGUUGCCCAUCAUAGAUAAAUUCAAGGAUAUGGGAACUACUGUUAUGGGGAAAGUGGAAUCUGGUUCAGUGCGUGAAGGGGAUUCACUGAUUAUCAUGCCAAAUAAGGCUCAAGUGAAAGUUAUUGCUAUAUUCAUUGAUGAAGAUAGGGUCAAAUAUGCUGGACCUGGUGAAAAUCUUCGAGUUAGGUUAUCAGGUAUCGACGACGAGGACAUACUGUCAGGUUUUGUCUUGUCAAGUGUGGCGAAUCCAAUACCUGCUGUUACCGAGUUUUAUGCGCAGUUGCAGAUCCUUGAGUUGCUGGAAAAUGCAAUCUUUACACCUGGAUACAAAGCUAUCCUGCAUAUUCACUCUGUUGUUGAGGAAUGUGAGAUCGUUGAUCUGCUAGAGGAAAUUGAUAUGAAGACUAAGAAACCUAAGAAGAAGAAGCCUCUUUUUGUGAAGAAUGGUGCUGUUAUUAAAUGCCGGAUUCAGGUGACCAACUUGAUAUGCAUGGAGAAGUUCUCCGAUUUUCCCCAACUUGGAAGGUUUACUCUUCGUACUGAAGGUAAAACUAUUGCUGUGGGAAAAGUAAUCGAUGCUCCAUCCAAGAAAAGUAAACGAUCUUCGACAAACUAAGCUCUUAAACAAUUUUUGUCUGAAGGCAAAGCUGGGUGAGUAGGAGAGUGGCAGCACGAUGUGUUCCAAAUCAGUACCUACUGCUCAAGAUGUAUUGAUUCUAAUAGUACGUUACAUAGUUUUUAGAUUUGAUCAGUCAUAUACUGUUGCUGGUGCCCAUGUAUUCUGGACGGUGCUUUUGCUGGGUAGGGCAGCAUUUUUCCAUUUAUGGGUGUAAAUUAGUCAUGAUUUGAUUCACCCAGUGCUGCCUUUUUACUUGAUUAAACUUCAGAUUGACAGUUGUUAAUCAGUCUAUUCGAUCCAUGUUUGUUAUAAUUUGGUUUAUUUUUGUACCAUACCUCCCUACGAUGAGUGGAAGCGUGUUAGUUUGGCAAUGUUUUGCUUA